AGUAUGCACCAUUAAAGCGGGAUUGGAAAAUUCUUAUACACAUAAAAUAGCCGUUUGAUGUAGUUUUUUUUUUUAGGGGUGUUGAAGAAACGCUAUGAAAGUGCAACAGGUUUCGACCAAAUGGAUUCGGUUACUUGGCGAAUGAACUUUGACUGUUUGACAAACAGCCGCCGUGGCAUCAACAAAUCGGACGGUAUAAAAGCGAUCGCUCCAGAACCAUCUUUCUAUAGUAACGUUCUCGUGCUACAAUCGAACUAAUCGAACCAAGAUUGAACCGUUGCAAUUUCGAGGAAAUAUAACCAACUGUAAAGAUGAAGUGUGCAUUGGUUUUGGUGGCUCUGUGUUUGGCGAUGGCUGUGGCCGUUCCGGUUCCGGAUCGCAAUGCCCAAACGCUCAAGUUCGACAGCAGCAUUAACGGUGUGGACGGGUACAGCUAUCAGUAUGAAACAAGCAACGGCAUAUCGGCCCAGGAAGCCGGUGAGCUGAAGAACUUCGGUGAGGCAUCGGCCCUGGCCGUACGAGGAUCGUUCACCUACACUGCUGCCGACGGACAGGUGUACACCGUCAACUACAUUGCGGACGAGAACGGAUUCCAGCCGGAAGGAAAACACAUCCCGAAGGAAUAGAUUAUUCAUCCCGGUGAUGAGUUGUUGUCCAUUGAUAAAGAUGUGUAAAUAAAUAGUAAAAAAAAAAUGUACGAAAAU